CUGCGCUGUGACGUCAUCGCGGCGCGACGGGAGCUGAGCUGAGGUGUGGGGGCCGUGUCGGGCCCUGUCCUGUCGUGUCCUGUCGCGGCGGCCGCAGCGAUGCCGGCCAAGAAGUCCUUCCGACGGCGCAGGGAGGACGAGGACGAGGAGGAGGAGGACGAGCAGCUCGCCGAGGAGGUCAGGUUAAAACUUGAGGAAGCCAAAGAAGUUCAGAGCCUCAGAAAGCGACCCAAUGGGGUGAGUGCUGUAGCUCUGCUUGUGGGAGAGAAGUUGCAAGAAGAAGCAACACUUGUGGAUGACCCAUUUAAGAUAAAAUCCGGGGGAAUGGUGGACAUGAAGAAGCUGAAGGAAAGAGGCAAGGACAGGAUUAAUGAAGAGGAAGAUCUGAACUUGGGAACUUCCUUCUCAGCAGAAACCAACAGACGGGAUGAAGACGCUGACAUGAUGAAGUACAUUGAGACUGAGCUGAAGAAGAGAAAGGGAAUUGUGGAGAAUGAAGAGCAGAAGGUGAAGCUUAAGAACGCUGAGGACUCUCUGUAUGAGCUGCCAGAGAACAUCCGUGUCUCCUCUGCCAAGAAGACUGAGGAGAUGCUGUCCAACCAGAUGCUGAGUGGCAUUCCUGAAGUGGACCUGGGAAUCGAUGCAAAAAUAAAAAACAUCAUCUCAACUGAAGAGGCCAAGGCCAAGCUGCUGGCAGAGCAGCAGAACAAGAAGAAAGACAGCGAAACUUCCUUUGUUCCCACCAACAUGGCUGUUAAUUAUGUCCAGCACAACAGAUUUUAUCAUGAGGAGCUGAACGCACCAGUGCGAAGGAACAAAGAGGAGCCAAAGCCCCGUCCCCUGAGAGUGGGGGAUACUGAGAGACCAGAACCUGAGCGGUCUCCUCCAAAUCGCAAACGUCCCCUCAAUGAAAAAGCCACAGAUGAUUAUCACUAUGAGAAGUUCAAGAAGAUGAACAGGCGAUACUAAUGAACAUGGACUGAAGCCUUUUGAGUUGUUUGGAUUUUCCACUAAUAAAGGAUUUUGUGUCUGUGACCUGCGAUGGAUUUUGAGAAGAGUCACUACCUUCACAUGCUGAUGUUACCUACAAAGCUUUUCCUGUGUGAUCUUGCAGUGAAUCAGUUUGCAGAUGGUUGUGAACUCUUUGGUCGGUGAAACCUUGUAUAUAACUAUGUUCUUAUAAAUAAAGUUUUGUAAUGGAAAAUGA